UGCAAAGUGGUCGGAAAUCACCAGCAAGAUGACAAUAACGGCUGUUCCAUCUAUUACAAAUGGACGCCUUGUCGUCCGUGGGAAGAUUAUUUUGACAGGAAUUCCAGAUAAUGUUGUUAUUACGCCAGGGAAAGCAGGAUCAGCCUUCUUGGGUGCAACAUCAGAAAAUACAGCAUCUCGCCAUGUUUUUGGUCUUGGAGUUCUCGAGGAUUACCAAUUCUUGUGUCUGUUUAUCGCAAAGAUAUGGUGGAUGAUACCUCGUGUUGGAAAAUCUGGAAGAGAGAUACCGAUGGAAACUCAAAUGCUUCUCUUGGAAGCAAGAGAAGAUUCUACUCUUGUUGAUGAGGACUCUUUUGAUGCUCCUGAUGAAAAUAAGUUCUAUAUUUUGUUGUUGCCAGUAUUGGAUGGAUCUUUUAGGGCAAGUCUGCAAGGGGCAGCCUCUAAUGAGCUCCAAUUCUGUGUUGAAAGUGGUGAUCCGAGUGUCCAAACUUCUCAAGCGUUGGAAGCAGUUUUUCUCAAUGCAGGGGACAAUCCAUUUGAACUCAUCAAGGACUCCAUCAAACUUUUGGCAAAGCACAAGGGUACAUUUAAUCACAUUGGGAACAAGAAGACUCCUGCACACUUGGACUGGUUUGGAUGGUGUACAUGGGAUGCUUUUUAUACUAAAGUGGAUCCAGAUGGAAUUUUGGAGGGUCUUAAAAGUUUCUCAGAAGCUGGCUGCUCUCCAAAAUUCCUGAUAAUCGAUGAUGGAUGGCAAGAUACAGCAAAUGAGUUUCAAAAGGAAGGGCAACCCUUUGUUGAAGGAACACAAUUUGCUACAAGGCUGGUGGAUAUCAAGGAAAAUAGUAAAUUUAAGAGCUAUGGACCAGAUGGUUCAGAAACCAACCUCAGGGACUUUAUAGAAACCAUCAAGAAGAGAUGUGGUUUGAAAUACGUUUACAUGUGGCAUGCAUUAGCUGGUUACUGGGGUGGACUCCUUCCUUCAUCCGAAACACUAAAGGAACACAAUCCCAAGAUUGAAUAUCCAGUUCAAUCUCCUGGAAACUUAGGAAACUUGAGAGAUAUAGCCAUGGACAGCUUGGAAAAAUAUGGUGUUGGGACAAUAGAUCCUGAGAAAAUCUAUGACUUCUACAAUGACCUCCAUAGUUAUCUUGCAAAUAGUGGAGUAGACGGUGUAAAGGUUGAUGUUCAAAAUGUGAUUGCAACAUUAGGUUCUGGACAUGGUGGGCGAGUAGCAAUUACCAGAAAGUAUCUUGGAGCUCUUGACGAAUCCAUUGACAAGAACUUCAGAGACAAUAACUUAAUCUGCUGCAUGUGCCACAAUUCUGAUUCUAUUUACAGCUCAAAGAAAAGUGCCACAGCAAGAGCCUCAGAGGACUUCAUGCCAAAUGAACCAGCAUUUCAGACUUUGCAUAUAGCAACAGUUUCUUUUAACAGUCUGCUUCUAGGGGAGAUAGUAGUACCUGAUUGGGACAUGUUUCAUAGCAACCAUACUACUGCCGAGUUCCAUGGAGCAGCAAGAGCGAUUGGCGGUUGUGCAGUGUAUGUAAGCGACAAGCCAGGGAAGCAUGAUAUCAAGAUCCUCAAGAAACUUGUCUUGCCUGAUGGAUCUGUGUUGAGAGCUAGAUAUGCUGGCAGACCAACUCGUGACUGCUUAUUUGUCGAUCCAGUUAUGGACGGAAAGAGCUUGCUGAAGAUAUGGAACUUGAAUAAGCUAACAGGAGUUCUUGGAGUUUUCAACUGUCAAGGAGCAGGAAGUUGGCCCUUAAAAGAAGCUGUGCACGAUUUGCCGAUCAAACAUUCACAAGAUUCUUUGAUAUCAAGCCAUGCUAGGCCUAGUGAUGCCGAAUUCCUGGAUGAGAUUGCUGGAAAAAAUUGGAAUGGAGACUCUGCAGUGUAUGCAUUUAAUUCAGGAAAUCUUUCCAUAGUGCCAAAGAACAAAAGGUUUCAAGUGUCUUUGGAUGUGCUAAAAUGCGAAAUAUUUACAAUCUCUCCAGUCAGGGUAUUCAAUGAAACCCUUGAAUUUGCACCACUUGGUUUAAUUGACAUGUAUAAUUCUGGCGGAGCCAUUGAAGACAUAAUGUGGAUCUCCAAGGAUCUUUCAGGCACAUUAAAGAUCAGGGUUCGAGGCUGUGGAAGAUUUGGAGCUUACUCAAGUACGAAACCAAGUUGUUGCAAGAUAGACAUAGAAGAGGAGAAAUUCUGGUAUAAUCAUGAGAAUGGAUUAUUGAUUAUAGACCUUCAAGGUGGCUGUAAUUUGAGGGACCUUGAAAUUGAGUACUAAUGUAUUUUUGGCUGGAUUUGAUCUGCAUUUCUCAACAGAUUAGUUCUGUACAAAUUGUAAAGGACCAUAUUGGUUCAUUUCCAAACAUAAGAGGCUAAACCAUUUUAGUCCACGCCUAAAACAUUAGAGACAAAAAUUGUAAUUUUCUUGUAACUGUAUAACUUUUGGGCUGUUCUGUUAAAAUAGAAA